AUGAUUGGUAACGCGCUGGGGCUGGCGCCUUUAGCGCUUCUUAUCCUGCAGGCAUCGUCCGUGCUAAGUCGAAUCGCAUUUGAAAAGUUGACCGAUGUUGAUUUCGCUGGCACCGCGUAUUAUACAGUACGUAACCUAUCAUUGUACGAGUGCCAAGGCUGGUGUCGCGAAGAAAACGACUGUCAAGCAGCUGCUUUCAGUUUCGUGCUCAACCCACUGACGCCGGUUCAAGAAACCCGUUGUUUGCUUCAGAAUGAUACACAAGCGAACAAUCCCAUGGCAACUCCACAGCGUGCGGUAAAUACAUACUACAUGGUGAAACUGCAAGUUCGGACCGAGAGCGUUUGUCUUCGCCCGUGGGCCUUCGAGCGAGUACCUGGCAAGGCGCUCCGGGGUCUGGACAAUACUAUAAUCUACACCUCCACGAAAGAGGCCUGCCUCGCUGCCUGUCUCAAUGAGAAACGUUUCCCGUGCCGUUCAGCGGAAUACGAAUAUGGCAGCAUGCGAUGUGCUCUAAGCGACUCCGACCGACGCACUGCGCAGCAUUUCGUUCAGCUGGUUGAUACCCCCGGCACCGACUACUUCGAAAACUUGUGCCUAAAGGCAUCGCAAGCGUGCAAGGGUUCGCGAGUCUUUAGUGUCCCUCGCGUGGGAGUGGCUGAAGACAAAGUUGCUCAAUACGCGGGUCUACACUAUUACACCGACAAGGAAUUACAGGUGACUUCGGAAGCUGCCUGCCGGCUUGCCUGCGAGAUCGAGUCUGAGUUCCUAUGUCGUUCAUUCCUAUAUCUUGGAGCACCUCACUCGUCUGCCUACAACUGUAGACUCUACCACCUCGACCACCACACGCUACCCGACGGUCCAUCUGCCUAUCUAAAUGCAGAGAGACCUCUCAUUGACGACGGCGAACCUAUUGGAAAGUACUUCGAGAAUUACUGCGAGAAGCCACCUGCGAAUCCAUCGGGUGAAUUGCCAGUUUCUAUUGACCAUCAACACGAUGAAUCCAAUGCUCCAAGUAACCUCACAAGGAACGACGCUAAUUGCGAUAAGACAGGCACAUGCUAUGAUGUUUCCGUUCACUGUAAGGACACUAGAAUUGCUGUACAAGUCCGAACGAACAAGCCUUUUAACGGUCGUAUCUACGCAUUGGGUCGCUCGGAAACUUGCAACAUUGACGUUGUGAACAGCGAUCUUUUCCGUCUCGAUCUUACUAUGGCCGGUCAAGAUUGUAACACUCAGAGUGUGACUGGUGUCUAUUCGAACACUGUCGUUCUUCAACACCACAGCGUCGUGAUGACUAAAGCUGACAAGAUCUACAAAGUGAAAUGUACCUACGACAUGAGCUCUAAGAACAUAACGUUCGGAAUGGUGCCAAUCAGAGACCCCGAGAUGAUAUCGAUUACUGCCGCACCCGAAGCUCCGCCACCACGCAUCCGCAUCUUGGACAGCCGCCAGCGCGAGGUCGAAACUGUGCGCAUCGGAGACCGUCUUACCUUCCGCAUCGAAAUUCCAGAUGACACUCCUUACGGUAUCUUCGCGCGAAGCUGUGUUGCGAUGGCAAAGGACUCUAAGAGCACAUUCAUGAUCAUUGAUGAUGAAGGAUGUCCAGUGGACCCAUCAAUAUUUCCUGCUUUUACUCCAGACGGCAAUGCUCUGCAAUCCAUAUACGAAGCGUUCAGAUUUACUGAAUCCUAUGGUGUUAUAUUCCAAUGCAAUGUCAAAUACUGCCUUGGGCCUUGCGAACCGGCUAUGUGCGAAUGGGGUAGAGAAACCUUGGAAUCAUGGGGCAGGAAGAAGCGUUCUCUGCCCUCUAACGAGACCGGUGAAUCUCGGAACCAGGAAGAAAAUAUGAACAUCUCUCAAGAAAUCCUCGUUUUAGACUUUGGCGAUGACAGACAAAGCACAGACUUCCUCCGCUCUGAUAAGCCAGGUGGAACGGCUUCGGAGACUAAUUUCGGCGAGAGAACUGUUACAAUCGUAGAGCCGUGUCCAAGCAAGAUGUCAGUGUUACUCCUGGGAGUGGCGUGCGCGCUCCUUGUGCUGCUCUACAUUGCGACCAUCUUUUGUUAUUACAUGCGCAAAUGGCUGUCGCCACCUAAGCACAUGUCGUAA